AAACAGAAAAAAAAAACAUUCUCAUAAAUAAUUUAUUUUCUCUUCGUAUUCAUUUAAUUUCAAAUACAAAAUGGUUGAUUUGGAUUGGAAAAAUAAGAUGAUCGGUUCUGAUAUACCUAGUAAAUCACCUAAAUUCGGCAACAAGCUCCAGAUUUCUAUCCCGCCGGCCAAAAUCCGGCUUGCUGAGCUGUCGGCGGCGUCGGACUCGUCUUGUUCGGCGUACGAACACUAUCUUCGCCUUCCGGAGCUUAGGAAGCUAUGGUGCGCCACCGAGUUUCCCGGCUGGAAAAGCGAGUCGGUUAUCAAACCGGCUUUUACCGGUUUAGAGAUUACCUUCCGGUUUAUCUCGACCGUGUUGUCCGACCCGAGGAAAUACACCAACCGCCGGGAAUGGAGGCGGCGGUUGGAGGCUCUGACGACGAGCCAGAUCGAGAUUAUUGCUCUUCUGUGUGAGGACGAUGAAGAAGAUCCGGAGACGAGAGCUACGAUCCCGAUCGCGGAUCUGACGUCCGACGGCGGCGUAUUGGCGUCGAAUAACAGCUCCGCCGAGGUGUGGAGGAUGGCGGACGACACGGUGGUGGUGAGCCAGGUCAGCGAGGAGAGCCUGCUGCCGCGGCUGGCUGGGUGGGAGAUGUUCGAGGAUGUUGCGAGGAAGAUCCGGUUCUCGAUCGAGUGUCAGAUGCAGGGUUGUCCGUACACCCUCGGCUUGGGUGAGCCGAAUCUAAGCGGCAAGCCGAGCCUAAGCUACGACCUAAUCUGCAAGCCGGCUGAGCUUCACGCGCUGAAGAAAUGCCCAAACGACGAUGUUGAUUCGAAGAACAUGGAGAACCGAAUCCUCUACGCAACGCACCAGAUUCUAGAAUCGUGGACCCGUGUCGCCGGAGAGCUUCUGACGAAAAUCUCCGACGAAAUCGAUUCCCGGCGAUACGAGAGAGCGUCGAGCCAUAUUUGGACGUUGGAAAAAGUGUGGACGAUUAUUAACCAGAUCGAAGAUUUGCAUCUACUGAUGGAUCCAGACGAUUUCUUGCGGCUGAAGAAUCAGCUGAUGAUAAAAGCGACUUCCGAAUCGGAGCUCUUCUGUUUCCGAUCGAGAGAACUCGUACACGUCACGAGAUCUUCAAAGGAGCUGAGGCACAAGAUUCCGGCGGUUCUGGAGGUGGAGGUGGACCCUACCGGCGGGCCUAGGAUACAGGACGCCGCCAUGGAACUGUACAGGAGGAAGGAGGAGUUUGCGAAGAUCCACCUUCUCCAGGGGAUGCAGGCGGUGGAGGCGGCGGUGAAGAGGUUUUACUUCUGUUACAAGCAACUGUUGGCGGUGGUGAUGGGGAGUCUGGAGGCGAAGGGUAACGUUGGAUCGGGAGAUUUACUGAGUCAGAUAUUUCUGGAGCCGACUUAUUUCCCGAGUUUGGACGCCGCCAAGACGUUUCACGGAGAGCAGUUGAGCCACGGAACUGGAAGGCAUAGUCGGUAACUAGCCGGAGAGUUUCUGGUGGCGGUUGCGGAGUGAGAAAUGAGUCGGCGGCGGGUUGAACAGUUUGACUCGUGUUCGUUGACUGUGAUUUAAAAUACAAAAGGCCAUAUUUAUUUAGUCGUGUGCGAAGGAAUUAGCAAAUUGAUGUUAGUGGUUGCCCAAUAUUUAUUUUUUUCUUUUUAGAGAUUAUUAUUAACGUUUAUUAACACGAUUAUUUUGUAUAAUGUAUUGUAAUGUAUGUAUUUCACUCCCUCUUUUCUUCAUUCUUCUUUUGUUA